GUUUACAAAAUUAUAAACAAAUAAUCUCAAAAAUUUACCGCCACUUGGUGCAAAUAAUAUUUUUUGUACAUUUUUUACUAUGGAAAGUGAAGAAAAAAUCCAGCCUUCAACAUCGAAGGCAAGCUUUCAUCAAAUUAAGGAUAAUGAAAGUGGUAAAUCAAGCAGUAAGGAAAAUUCUUCACGAGGUGAACCAUCAGCAGCUGAAAAUAAAACGUUAAAUGCUGAGGAGUCUGGAUUUCAAGAUGAUGAUGCUGAAUUAGCAAAUAUUAUGACUGCCGAAGAAUAUCUGCAGCGUAAGGAUGUAAUAAUGCUGGAAUAUGAGAAACGUAUGUUUCUUGAUAUUGUAAAUAACGACGGUCUAAUAGUAUGCGCAAAAGGCUUGCAUUACGAUCGUGUUCUAACCAAUAUAUUAAAAGCUUACAGCGAUCCAGGCAAUCUUGUGCUUGUAAUCAAUUUUUCUGAUUGGGAGGAGAAAUAUUAUAAAACAAAGCUAGAACAGAAAUAUGUGCGUGAGGUUGCUACGACUGCGACAGAACGUGAACGCGUUUACUUAGAAGGUGGCAUACAAUUCAUAAGUACGCGCAUUUUAGUUGUAGACAUUUUAAAAAAUCGUAUACCAAUCGAUUUGAUCACUGGCAUUGUUGUAUUGCGGGCACACACAAUUAUCGAAUCGUGCCAGGAGGCUUUUGCAUUGCGUCUUUACCGUAUGCGCAAUAAAACAGGCUUUAUUAAAGCAUUUUCCAGUAGCGCUGAAGCAUUCACAAUUGGUUAUGGACACAUAGAACGUACUAUGCGUAAUUUGUUUGUAAAACAACUCUUCAUUUGGCCACGAUUUCAUGCAAUAGUACAGCUAUCCCUUAAACCAUAUGAGGCGCAAACUAUUGAGUUACAUGUGUCCAUGUCGCCCAAAAUGACACAGAUACAAACCCAUUUACUUGAUAUAAUGAAUUAUCUAGUGCGUGAGAUAAAGCGUAUUAAUCGACUAGUAGAUUUGGAAGAGAUCACUGUUGAGAAUUGUAUAACUAAAAAGUUCCAUAAGAUUCUGCAAUCGCAGCUAGACUGUAUUUGGCACCAAUUGAAUUCACAAACGAAGCUGAUUGUAGCUGAUUUGAAAAUUUUGCGCAACCUAAUGAUUUCAACAAUAUAUCAUGAUGCUGUAGCAGCUUAUGCGUUAACAAAACGCUAUCGCACUACAGAAUAUGCGUUGAGCAACUCGGGAUGGACUUUGUUAGAUUCAGCCGAACAGAUAUUCAAGUUGUCCAAAGAGCGUGUAUACAAUGCGCAAGGCGAAUUCGAACCCGAGCCUUGUCCGAAAUGGAAAUAUUUAACAGAAAUACUUCGUGUUGAAAUUCCUGGUGAUAUGAAGCGCUCUCAUCCCGAUUGUUUGCUGCCGCCAAAAGUACUAAUACUUUGUCAGGACACACGAACUUGCUUUCAGCUGCGACAGUUUCUCACACAAGGCGGUGAACGGUAUCUGCUUUACGCUGCCAUGCAGCAUGAAAUACCAAUUGGCAAGUUAGCUGAAAGUUAUGACAAAUUAAAGAAUGUCAAAGAGAUAGAGCAGGCACUUACACAACUGGAGAAAACUCUAGCUAGCACGCGUACACAGAAAGUCAAUAGUACUCAGCAAAACACCAAAACCGCAAGCGAACAAUCAGAAGUGACGGAUACCGAAACGAGUACAGUGGUAGAUGAGCUUACGCAGUUGUUGACUGCCAGUGAUGGUGAUGAGCACUUCAAUGCCACCCAAUUUCAAGAGAGUUAUUUAUUAACCAUGACACAAUUAGAAGAUGCCGAGGACGCAGCAACACACACGGAGUUCGAUGAUUAUUCGGAUGUCUGUAGCACUAUGGGGUUGAAUGUGAAUACUUCCAUAUUUGAACCAUUUCCAGAGUUGGCCAGCUUGGACGUGACCGCUGCUAUAGCUGCACGAAAUCAACCAUUCAUUUGCAUACAGACGUUCAAAACGGAGACUCAAGGACCAAUGGCGCUUGAUCAUAUACUGGAAGAGGUUCAGCCACAGUAUGUGAUUAUGUAUCAUUGUAAUGUGGCUGCGAUACGACAAUUAGAGAUACAUGAGGCACGACAAAGGCGCGCUCCCAAGGAUCGUAUGCGCGUAUUUUUUCUGCUGCAUGCGCGUACCGUCGAAGAACAAUCCUAUUUGACAAGUUUACGUCGAGAGAAGCAAGCUUUCGAGAUGAUUAUCGAUAAAAAGCGCGUCAUGGUCAUCCCAGAAUAUCAAGAUGGCAAAACGGAUGAGGCGUUUAUACUCUACAAAACGUAUGCAGAGACUGAAAGUACAGAUCAAUCAAAUACCGAUAGUCGUCAAGCUGGUGGUCAAGUGCUUAUACCCUUUGCAGCACCGAAAGUUAUAGUAGAUAUGCGUGAGUUUCGCUCAGAUUUGCCGUGUUUGAUACAUAAGCGUGGCAUGGAAGUGUUGCCAGUCACCAUAACGAUUGGCGACUAUAUUCUGACACCAGAUAUUUGCGUUGAACGCAAAUCAAUUUCCGAUCUUAUCGGUUCACUCAAUUCGGGUCGGUUAUACAAUCAGUGCAUACAAAUGCAACGCUAUUACGCGAAGCCAAUAUUACUCAUUGAAUUCGAUCAGAAUAAACCCUUCCAUUUGCAGGGUAAAUACAUGCUUUCACAGAAUACAAAUUCCACUUCGGCGGAUAUUGUGCAGAAGCUACAAUUGCUUACUCUACAUUUUCCAAAACUACGUCUCAUUUGGUCGCCCAGCCCGUAUGCUACUGCGCAAUUGUUUGAGGAUUUAAAGCUGGGCAAACCACAACCUGAUCCAAAGCAGGCGGCGGCUGUGGGUUGUGAUGAAUCGGGCGCCAAUACAGAUGAGCUAAAGUAUAAUCCAAAUAUUUUUGAUUUUCUAUUGCGUUUACCUGGCGUAAAUACGCGUAAUGUGCAUAAACUUAUGCGUCAUGGUGGUUCCCUGAAGGAACUGCUGAAGCGUACGCAGGCUGAACUCAGCGAAAUGCUUGACUCACAGGAAAAUGGUCGCAUGUUAUGGGACGCAUUGCAUGUGGCACAUUUACCGGAAAAGGAUGAGGUGUCUGGUUCAGCUGCCUUAGUUGCUGGCAAAGUCGUUGGCAGUCAUUCCCGUUUUCGACGCGGUGCAGCUGCGGCGGUGGCGGCACGAGGCAUGCAGCGACGUUUUAAAAAUUAAAAAGUUAGAUAUAUAAACUUUUGUGAUUUAAAAUCUUUAUAUUUAAGUACAUAAUAUU